AUGGAUAUUCAAAAAAAUGGAGAAGUAAAUUUUGACUCAGGUAACUGGCUUGAUCAGGUAGACAGAACGUCAUUUGUUCAAGUUGUCACUCCUGUUGAAGGAAAUCCAAUAGAAAUCAAUCCAAUUCAUGAAUCUUUACAAACUGCAACUUAUAUCGAAACACCAUUCGAAUCUGUUUCUUUUUUAAUGGGCAGGAAAAUUCACUAA